AUGGUGGCCAAGGAGCUUGCUAAGCUGAACACGGACUCGCUUUUCAACCUGGUAGAACUCUGGCUUAAGAUGAGCGCGACGCAGCCGAAGUUGUCCAAAGAUCAAAGAGCUCAGGGACUCACCCAAAAACAGCUCCUCGAGUACUGCAACGAUACUCUGAAGGUGUUGAGAGACCAGAAAGCUCCUAAACGGAAACUGAUCGACCGUCUUCUUGUUGAUUACUAUCCGUCAGGUCUAAAUGCUCUGCAAUUGGCACAGAUAGACAUACAAAUGAUGGUCGAUAAACCUCACAAUUACAGCUGGGUUUCGUCUACAGCUAAGAUCGUGAAAGGAAAAGAGAAUGACGAUACAAAUAGCGCUCUUGACGACUUCAUCUUCUCGCUAGACUCGCAGGCGUUUCUCGACCGUCUUAUAACCAACCUGUCGAACCUUUAUCUAACCCAUAUCUAUAUCUCCAGACACCCAAACUUCCCUCUCAUCCUGAUCAGAAUCCAAAUGUACGAAUACGUCCAUUUCAAAAAGACCCGGACCGCCAACCCUGCUGUCGCUAACAAAAGCCAGCCAGAUAUACUCUCUCGAACGCCAUACUACCUGGCUAUCCCAAUGAGCUCGCCUAAUUUGAUCCACUCGGCCGCCAAUGAAGAGGACCUUGUUUCAAAGAUAAUCCUGCAGCCGUCCACGUGCUCAAGGGUGUCUCACGAUUCGGCCAGUCACUUGCUAGUUGGACGCCUUAUGCCGAUGGAACAGUGGAUAUCAAUCCUCUGGGAGCAACAGAAGACCAUCUCAGCAUCAAGCCCUCGAGACUCGCUGUCGGGGAAGAUAAGAAUAGUCUUGUUUCAGCGCUCAAGUUCAAAGGAUCAACAGCACUAA